AUUUCGAUGAGACAUUAUCAGAUUCCUCUCCAAAGAGUUCUUACGGCAGCGAUCAAAUAUAUUAUGAAUCUGAUGCUAAUGAAUUUGAAAAAUACACUUUUACUCAGUUCAAGAAUAUGAAAGUCACGGAUUCUUUACGUCUUAAAGAAGAUAUUAUUAUCAACUCGAUUUUAAACAAAUUCAAGUUACGUCGGUAUACUAAUACUAAAAAACGUAAGAUCGAAUUUGUAGUAUCUUCUUCUUCACCAGAUAUUGUUUCUGAGAAUAUUGAGCAUAUUGAAGAGGGCGCUUUAGAAAUUUAG